AACUCUCCCUCUCUAAAUUCACUUUCUUUCUUUCCUUCUUAAUUCUCAGAACACCUUUAAUCUUAAUUACGUUCUUUUCUGUUUCUUGGUGGGUCUCUGAUCAUUUGGCUGUGUGAUCAUCAUCUUUUGUUUUGAUGGCGUCGUCGUUUCAUGUUUGGGUUUAAUUUAAGGUUUCUUUGUUUGGUGUCUACAAUUCAGCAAUAACUAUAACCCAUGUGUUGUGCCUCUCCUCAGUCAUCAAGAGACUACUUUUCUCCGUAACAUCUUAGAAAACCCGUAGAUGUGUGUGUCUGUCCUUGUUUUGACAUUCAAUUAUCCUUCUUUGAGUCAAUCAUGAAAUUCAGGUUUCUUCUAUUGUUCUUGAAAUCUUAGAUUUUCUUGUACGUCAAGACCCAAUUUUGCUCCUUAUUGGGAUGAUUAGGCUUGACAAAUUGGCAACUUUUUUGGGUUUUUCAGUGAAAUGGGUGCACUUUUUACCUUCUCUAAUUUGCUUUCCUUGUAGAGCCUUACAAUUUGAUGGAGUAUAAUUUUUGGUUGACUAAGUUUGAGUGAUGUCUCUUCUGAAUGAUAGGGGUCUCAGUGUGUAUAUUCAGAAGGCAUUUGGGAAAACAGUUCAAUUUUUGUGCCCUUUUAUGCUCAAAUUUUCUCAUCAUUUGAUGCAGGUAUUGAGGAUAUUUUUUCUUGUUGAAGCUCUGAAUAUUAACAGACCAUCAUCGGCAGAUGGGGUCUGAAGGUCCUCCAGCAGCUGUAACAACAGUUCAUGUAACAGGUUUCAAGAAAUUCCAUGGGGUUUCAGAGAAUCCAACGGAGACAAUAGUCAAUAAUUUGAUGGAGUAUAUGAAGAAGAGGGGUUUGCCAAAAGGUUUAGUUAUUGGGAGUUGCAGAAUUCUUGAGACUGCCGGUCAAGGAGCACUUGUUCCUAUGUACCAAACAUUGCAAUUUGCCACUACUUCCAAGGAAUCUGAAUCUUCAAGUUCCAACAGAAUUGUCUGGCUGCAUUUUGGGGUUAACAGUGGUGCAACAAGGUUUGCUGUAGAGCGUCAAGCUGUCAAUGAGGCUACCUUCCGCUGCCCUGAUGAAAUGGGAUGGAAGCCCCAGAAAGUCCCUAUUGUUCAUUCAGAUGGUGCAAUUACACGAAUACGCGAGACUAACGUUCCUGUGGAAGAGAUCACAAAGGCCUUGGCAAAGAAGGGUUAUGAUGUAAUGACAUCUGAUGAUGCGGGCAGGUUUGUGUGCAAUUAUGUUUACUAUCAUUCCCUUCGUUUUGCUGAGCAAAAUGGGAUGAAAUCCCUUUUUGUGCACGUGCCACUAUUCUCAACAAUCGAUGAAGACAUCCAAAUGCAAUUUGCUGCUUCCUUGUUAGAGGCUCUUGCUUCAAUAUGUUAGUGACACCUGGCUUAUGUAAUGUUUCUGGUGUUGCCAUGCUUAUGAAAGUGGACGAGUGUACCUUCAAUGAGAUGUUAUAAAUUAUAAUAAUAAGAUAUUGUUUUGAAAUGGAAACAGUUUAUUGAAAACGGCAUAUGUUGUAGUGGCGUUUGCUUUUUCAUCGGUAAAUGUUUCUGAUUAAAGGUUUCAGCAAAUUGUCAAGACAAUUUGAUAUCUUCAGUGUUACCUUGUGAAUAAAUGUUCAUUCUCCUUUUUAAUUGUAACUUGCUUCUGGAAUGAAUUGUAUCCGAUAUGCGUGUCCAGUUAAAACUGAACUAAUAAUUCAGUGCGUUUUCUCAGGUAGAUGCUCAAUAGACUCGUGAAGCUAUAAGAACACUCACUGUUGAGUUUUAUCAUUCAGAUCACCAACUGUUUUCACACCGUUUGGGAAGCUCUUGGGUAGGUUUGCCCUGACAGUGUAUUG